CCAUGUUUGCGUAUGUGUUCUUACUCCCGAGGAGGAUUCAGAGAAACGGCUGGCUGGCCUGACUUAUCUGAUGUUUUCUUGUUUUUGUUUCAGCCUUCAGGAUAAUUCCUUCAACAACACCGCUGUAGCAGAAGAUGAAAACAAUAAGGAGAAUUACCCAGACACCAUCACCCUCUUAGAGGAGAGUCAACUGCCCCUUCAAGAGAACCAGCAGCAAGUAACUCAUACCGUGCUAGAUGGUGCUAUACAGCCUGGAAUGGGAAAUUUCAAGUCCAGGAAGCCCAAGGCGAUCAUUAAAGGGGAGAACGGGAGGAGCCAACCAGAGAACCAGGAGACGGAGAAUGUGGUGCCAAGCGUCUUGGAACGUCAAGGGAGAGCUGCUCCUGGCUGUCCACAGAGCAGUACAUUCUGGGGCCAAGACACAGUGAGGUUCCGGCCAAGAAUUGACCAGCGAACUACUGUUUGGCCAAAGGAUGUUCCUGAGCCCGUGAAAGACUUAGAUGAAGAAGAAACACCUCCGCUGCAGGGAGGCAAAGAUCCAGCACCCUCUUCCCUCCCCAGCGGGCCAACCGACGGAACCAAUUCUGGAGAGCCUGUGCAAACCCCUAAAGACUGCCAGAAUGAAGCGGACAGUGGCUCGGAAGAACCCCAGACCUUAGGGACCAGCCGUCUGCUGUAUCACAUAACCGAUGGAGAUAAUCCCCUCUUGUCACCACGCUGCUCUAUCUUUAGCCAAAGCCAGAGAUUUAAUUUAGAUCCGGAAUCAGCCCCUUCUCCGCCAAGUGCUCAGCCAUUUAUGAUGCCAAGAAGCUCUUCGAGGUGUAGUGAGGCAGGCAAGGGACCCCAAACGGUCACCCAACUUACCAAACACAUUCAGAGUCUCAAGAGGAAAAUUCGGAAAUUUGAAGAAAAAUUUGAACAAGAGAAGAAAUACCGGCCUUCGCAUGGUGACAAAACCUCGAAUCCAGAAGUCCUGAAAUGGAUGAAUGAUUUGGCUAAGGGUCGAAAACAGCUCAGAGAGCUCAAACUGAAACUAUCGGAAGAACAAGGGAAUGUGCCUAAGGCCGCACUCAGAAGUUUGCAACAUGAGCGAUCUGGGACAUACAAGGAAAAUGGAAAGCCGGAAGCUGCAGGGGCUGAGCCAAAUUCAUCUGUAGAAGAAGCCCCAGAUGUCAUGUUGAUGCAGCUGAAGGAGAAGAGACAACAGCUUAACCUCCCGGAGGAGAUCAAGGUAGCCAAGCAAGACAAGAGCCUCAUAAAGCCUCUCUAUGAUCGAUACCGAAUUAUCAAGCAGCUUCUGUCAACUCCUUCCCUGAUUCCUACAAUUAAGGAGGAAGAAGACUCUGAUGAAGACGCUCCCCAGACGGGCAAUGAGUCUUCCUUAUCCAGUCCGGCAUCUCACCACCGUGUGGGGGAACACCCAGAGCCCUCUGAUGAGGAAGAGCCUCCUGUCGUUCUGCCCCCGGAUGGGAUGAAGGAAGUCCUUCAACCAGCUCUGUCCAUGUCCAAUUUGCAUGAGGCCACAAUGCCCGUGCUGCUGGACCAUCUCAGAGAAACCAGGGCUGACAAGAAGAGGUUGCGGAAAGCUUUGAGAGAAUUUGAAGAACAGUUUUUUAAGCAAACUGGAAGGAGCCCCCAAAAGGAAGAUCGAAUUCCAAUGGCAGAAGAGUACUAUGAGUACAAGCACAUAAAAGCCAAGCUGAGGCUAUUGGAGGUUCUCAUCACUAAGCAAGAUGUAUCUAAAACUAUUUGAGGUUGAAGAAAUGUUCACAAUGACCUUCUCUUGAGGAAAAGGAAACUUGUUUUGCUCUUUAGUGUUCCUACCCGGUUGCUUGGAGACACUAUUUUAAAGCACUUUAGUCAUGAAGCACUUUAUUACCGAAGGUAAUAAAGGAUGUAAAGCUUAAUAAUAUGUGAAUAGUGGUAACUGAAAUGUAUGGGAAACACAUGAAGAUCAGUCAAAUUAAAAAAUUAUGGGACUUAUUUUUUUAAACUUUAAAGGCUUCAAAGUUCAUUUCCUAGCCAAUUAUAAUAGCAUUAAAUCAAGGUAAUUGACCUAAUAUUCUUUUUUAAAAAAACUUAACUACAGGUGUAUGUAUGACCUCAGCAAAUUGAAUUGCCCUGAGGUGUAUCAUCUAACACAGCUUCAUUUCCAAAACCCUGAUGGUGCGGAAGAGAAGUUGUUUGAAGCAGAGUCAACGUUGGUUUUAUAUCAGUAAAAAAGAGAAUGGGCCUGCAGGCAUUUGUUUCUCAACUAGAAAGACUUAAAACUGGUAGGAAAGAAUUUUACUUUAUGCUUCUGAUGUAGUUCUGCCCCAAGUGAAGGGUAGAGAUAUUUUUAAAUAUAAGUAACAAAGGACUUCGCUCUCUCUUUAAAUCUGCUUAUUCCUUCUAGAUUUUCAAUACCUUCAGAUCAGCUAAUAGGAAUGAUUACUGAAUUUAUUUCUGUAUCAAAAAUUUAGCACCUUAUUUUGCCUGGUGUGAUCUGAAAUUUUGUGUUUCUAAUUACCAAAGCUCACUUUGACAGCAUGCACUUUGUGAAAUAUCAAGUAUUCCUUGUCUUUAAUUGCCAGAUGUUUAUAUUAAAAUAAGAAUAUUGCAAUGACAUUUGAAAAUAAGUAUUUUGGGUAGGUAGAUGUCCGCUGAAUAUAAUCAAAUGUGAUGGCUGAACUUCUUGUUUAACAAAAUUAAUAGCAUAUUACUAUUUUUCCAGUGGAAUUAUGCCUUUUCUUAAUGUCCCACAUACCAUACCAUGUGAAGUCAAAGACAUUUUCUUGCAAGGUGUGAUGAUUUUUGUUUCUGUAUAAAAUGAAAGCAUUUGAAGGAGACCUGUUUUCCACGUUGACUCACUAUGUGCAUAUAGUCCACAUAGGAUAUUCCAGGGUUGGAAGAGGAGAAACUAGAAAGCAGAUACGUUGCAUUAUGUUAAAUGUAGGUUGCCUUUAGUGCUAUUGUUGCAUUCAAUUCCAUACCUUCACUUAUUUUGGUAGCUGAAGAGGAUGUGUCCAUAUCAGUGUUCUGUUAUGUACCUAUCAUCUUUGUAUUUAUGUAGUAUGUAAGGUUAACGCAUGAUUUUGAAGCAAUUCACAUCUUCGAAUUGUUUGGAUGGGAAAACAU